AUGCGGUGGUUGGCACUGGCUCAGAACACGAAGGAGAAAUUGCCUGAGUGGAGACAACAGGAGCUGAAUGCCGAUGCACUUCUGAAGCUCCUCUACAGCUGUCAAAGAAGCCUUCCUGAAAGAAGUGUGCAAUGGACGAUGAGCAGUUUGGAUUCUGGCGUCCAGACCCUGGCGGACAAGUGCGACGGGAAUGGCACGGAAUACCGCGUGGGAGACGAAUGGUCAGUGCGAAGUGUUCAUGGUGACAGUACCAAUGGUGAUGGCGAUAGUGAUAAAAAUGUGAAUUUCAUCGGCACUGGGAAUAAAGCGUGUAACGGAAUCCGCGCUGUGACGUGUGAGAGCACUUGCACCGUCGUGGAAGCUAACGGAUCCUCUCUGCUGUGUGAAUCGACGACAGCUGAACCCACAACCACUGAGGAACCAACAACCACAACUGAACCCACAACCACUGAGGAACCAACAACCACAGCUGAACCCACGACCACAGUUGAACCCACAACCACUGAGGAACCAACAACCACAGCUGAACCCACGACCACAGUUGAACCCACAACCACUGAGGAACCAACAACCACAGCUGAACCCACAACCACUGAGGAACCAACAACCACAGCUGAACCCACAACCACUGAGGAACCAACAACCACAGCUGAACACACGACCACAGUUGAACCCACAACCACUGAGGAACCAACAACCACAGUUGAACCCACCACCACAGUUGAACCCACAACCACUGAGGAACCAACAACCACAGUUGAACCCACAACCACUGAGGAACCAACAACCACUGAGGAACCAACAACCACAGCUGAACCCACGACCACUGAGGAACCAACAACCACAGCUGAACCCACGACCACAGUUGAACCCACAACCACUGAGGAACCAACAACCACAGCUGAACCCACAACCACUGAGGAACCAACAACCACAGCUGAACCCACGACCACAGUUGAACCCACAACCACUGAGGAACCAACAACCACAGCUGAACCCACAACCACUGAGGAACCAACAACCACAGCUGAACCCACGACCACAGUUGAACCCACAACCACUGAGGAACCAACAACCACAGCUGAACCCACAACCACUGAGGAACCAACAACCACAGCUGAACCCACAACCACUGAGGAACCAACAACCACAGCUGAACCCACGACCACAGUUGAACCCACAACAACUGAGGAACCAACAACCACAGUUGAACCCACCACCACAGUUGAACCCACAACCACUGAGGAACCAACAACUACUGAGGAACCAACAACCACAGCUGAACCCACAACCACUGAGGAACCAACAACCACAGCUGAACCCACAACCACUGAGGAACCAACAACCACAGCUGAACCCACGACCACAGUUGAACCCACAACCACUGAAGAACCAACAACCACAGUUGAACCCACCACCACAAUUGAACACACAACCACUGAGGAACCAACAACCACAGUUGAACCCACAACCACUGAGGAACCAACAACCACAGUUGAACCCACAACCACAGUUGAACCCACAACCACUGAGGAACCAACAACCACUGAGGAACCAACAAGCACAGUUGAACCCACCACCACAGUUGAACCCACAACCACUGAGGAACCCACCACCACAGUUGAACCCACAACCACUGAGGAACCAACAACCACAGCUGAACCCACGACCACAGUUGAACCCACAACCACUGAGGAACCAACAACCACAGCUGAACCCACGACCACAGUUGAACCCACAACCACUGAGGAACUAACAACCACAGUUGAACCCACAACCACUGAGGAACCAACAACCGCAGCUGAACCCACGACCACAGUUGAACCGGCGACCACUGAGGAAGUAACCCCAUUUGUAGCCACCACAACCCCGGCAGCCACAAGGCCACCGAAACCAGGAAAGGGUGGCAAGUUUUACAAGUUGUUGAUCGGUGUCGUUCAGAAAGUGAAUGGUGGAAGAGGAUGUUGCUGCUAAGUGCCGUUAAGUGCCCGUCCCCUGCCCCGUCCUCACAGAAGACCCAAGUCUCAGUUGUCCAACAGAUGUUUCCGUAAAGAAAGUUCGAUGAUGACUUAAAUGUUUCAUGGAGUUAAAAAUGCGCAUACACGGAUCCAUUGAGAAAUAAAACAAAAUUUUCAUUACGUUUCGAGUUGAGCAAAGUUGUUUUCAGGAAAUGAAUAUCAAUUAAAAUAUGACGGUCUUGUUUUACUUGAAAUGUUGUAAGCUAUCGUGCUUUAUAUAUACUUCCUUUGGAAGCCACAACAUCUAACAGUACCGAAUGAUAUCAAUAAUAGAAACACAUCAUUCUGACUCAUGUAACGCUAAUUCUCGCCUUCAAGACUAUAAAGUUGCGAGUGAGACAUUAUUUUUCUCAAUGAAAACUAAAGUAUAUUGAUCGUCAUGGUGACCUGUUAUUUUACUAUAUGAUAAUGAUAUCGUGUUUGUAAUAAAAAGAAGCCCCAUUAUACUAAUUUUAUCACCAAUGACUAAUAAAUAAUCACUGCAA